AUGGAGUAUAGGGACGUUGCAAGAAAAGACCUCGCCAUCUCUACAAAGCUAUGGACUCUUGGAGAGAGUGAUUUUAAGGUGUCUGAUAUUAAUGGCACCGUCAUCUUCCAAGUCAAGAGUAAACUCUUAACCCUACAUGAUCGUCGCUUUCUAAAAGAUGCAGCCGGUAACACCCUUGUCAAUCUCAGGCAGAAGAUAAGGACCAUGCAUCGGAGGUGGGAAGCUUUUAGAGGAGAAAGCAAGGAGGAGAAAGAUUUGCUUUUCACAGCCAAGAAAUCAAAGUUGUUCCAAUUCAAAACUGAGUUAGACAUAUUCUUGGCUAACAACAAAGGAGAGGUCCCUGAUUUCAAGGUCAAGGGAGGGUACGGAGAGAGUUCCUGCUCUAUACUUCUUAGAGAUUCCAAUCCCAUGCUUGCACAUAUGGAUAGAUUACAUUCUCUCACGACUAUGAUCUUGGAUACAGAUAGUUUUGGACUGACUGUUUAUCCUAAUGUUGAUUAUGCCUUCAUAGUAGCUCUUGUGGUGAUUCUCGAUGAGAUCAAUGCGGACCGUAGUGGUGAAGAUUAAAUACAGCUUUUGUUUUAUUUUAAGAGAAGUUUUCAAGUUUUAUUGCUUUUUUAUUGUAAGAGUAAAUACAAUGCAUUCUUUAUUGCUUUUUCCUAAUGUAAAAUGCAUGCUUUGUGGAUGACAUAAAGCGUAAAAUAUAUAAUGUUUGUUAAGUUUUAUAAUCAUUUAUUUAAUGUGUUUUGAAUU